AUGGCUGCCCCCUGGUUGGUCUCGCAGAGACAACUGCCGGCUAGCGCCAUAGAUGCGCCCGAGCUGGCUGCCAGCGUUAUCUCUGACGACUCUGAUCCGGAAGCUGCUACCACCACGAUUUCCCGGACUGGUCUCUCGGCCGAUCGUCCCAGCCUGCGCCGCGACAACUCUGCUACCAGCCAGGUCCGCGGCAAGCACACAACACCUCUUCAUCUCGAGAAAGCCAUCCAACCGAUACGAAAGAAGGAGCUCAUUGAGCUGCUGCCGCCCCUUCCAGCACAGAAAGCCCAGUCUGCGGUCGAGCAGACGCCCAGAACUUCCUCCACAGAAGCCGCUUCAGUACGCUGCUUCGUUGCAAGCUCUGCAGCUGGGUCCAAAGCCAUUGCAUCUGCUGACUUGAGUGAGCAUGCCGUCAUCCGUGGUUUCGAACCCGGCCACAUCUCCACAUCAGUACGGCGCAGCACCGGUUUGAACCUCGCUCCCAUCUUCAAGAAGACCUCUAGCCGCGUCACCAAGCCUCUCUCUGCCAACGCCGACGCCAGCAAGAAGACACAGCCCGUGUUCACUCUCGGCGAAGUUAGCACACACACUUUCUACGGCGUCCUCGAGAGAAGCAAGGCUGCCACUGAGAGCGACAACAAAGAGAGCGGCGUCGACGAGAGCGCCAUCAAGGAAGAAGACUCUGAUGAGGCGUGGGAAGACGAUGGCGAUAACGAGGAGAGCGGUCUGCUCACUGUUCUUGAGCCCCUCCCUCAGUUCUCGCGUGUCGAAUCACAGACCAGUCUUGCCUCACGCCGCUCUCUUAUCACAACUGCCCUCCAUCAGGAUGACCAUGCAUCGGCUCUGCAGGAUGCCACGUCGCAGUUAUCAGCUGCCACUGGGGAACCGUACACCCUUACUCCCAACGGCCUUUCUGCCAACAGUUCUCCUCACGAAGACAGUAGCUUGAUGAUGCGUGAGCAAGCUUCUCGCCCAAAGCCCAUCGCCAUGGCCACCUCCGACGUCCACCCAUCCACCAUGUCCCCCAAGACAGCUAGACGCAGCAUGCUUACCAGUGAGUUGGCUGGGAGCUUGAGACAGAAUCUGCUGUGGGAGAGGCAGGACAAGAAAGCCACCACAAACGCGGUAGCAGGCCGCCAACAAAGCGCAGUCAACCUACCAGUCUUGCGCCGGGCCGUGACGACUAAUGAUAUCGAGGGCCUCAAUACCAGCGGGCAACAAGCCCACGUCAGAACCACCACUUUCCUAGACGAUAGCACGCCCUACAGCGCAUACAACCAGUUCUUUGAUGACAACGCCUACGAAUACCAUCGGUCUGGAUGGUAA